GUAUCUGUGCCGCCCAGUACUAAAGAAAACACCCCCCCCCCUUCUUAAUGCCCAGUAAGCCUGUAUAAAUAGGUCGACGAUGAUGAUUGAGGAUAACCAUUUAUUAUUUCGCAAACGGCUACUAAUCAACCGCAAACGUUGAGCGUACAGAUGACCGUCCUUUCUUAGCUGGGAAGCUCAUCAAAGAGGCGACUACGCUGAAGUACCCCAAGAUUGGAAAUACUUGCUGUCAUCACCGUGCCCGUGUAGUGCAUCAUGGUUAGUGCACGCCACCUGAAGGACGACCUGCUCUUUGGAGUCGACUCUCGAUGGAGCUGGAUUACCGCCUUAUUCUGUGCCUGGGUGCUGUUCUUCAGCAUGGCGACGAUUCGUAUAGGUGGCAUCUUGUUCUACGGAAUUGUCGAGACAUUCGGUGUAACCAGAGCGGAGGCUUCGUGGCCGGUGUCCCUGGCGGGUACAAUCAUGGUUAUGGGAGGUCCAAUAGCUGGUUACCUCUGCAGGCGUUUUACAUGCCGGGCCUGUCCUGUUAGCGUGCUCAUCUCUGGCAGGAAUUGGGGCCAGCCUGUGCUACCUGGCGAAGAGUGUGCUAUUUAUCACAAUUUCAUUUGGAUUUGUUCAUGGUGCUGCGUUGUGCGGUUUGUUCGUUGCUUGCAACGUUUUGGUGGCCCAACACUUCGAGAAACGAAGAGCAACGGCCAGCGGCCUAGUGUUCGCAGUGUUCGGCCUCAACUCCGUCGUUAUUUCGCCACUGCUCGAGUUCUUCCGAACAACUUACGGUGUCCGCGGUGCUUUUCUUCUCUACGGAGCGAUUCUCCUCAAUGUUAUUCCAGCCGUUAUUAUUCUCAGAAGCCCUCCAUGGCUGACGAAGCAGAAAGUUAGAAGGAGAGUGGGAAAAUGUGAAGAAGAGGACGAUGAAAACGCAGCACCCGUUUUGGUUGAAUCAGCCAACCCAGACGCAGAUGUCAACAAGGGAACCGAAAAAGAAACUAAUUGCCAGUACCUAAAUAAACCUGCAAACUGUGAUCAAUCAGGGCAACAUACUGCUAAACAGCAGGAAAAUAUAUCACAUACUGGCCUAUUGCCUUGCAAAUGCUGUGUUAGGCGGAUGACAGCCAAGAAGGCUCUACUGCAUUUCAGUCUUCCCACAACGGCAAGCCAAUUAAUGACGUUAUCUUUUCUUAUCCACGCACUGUCCUACGCCGCCGUAUUAUUAACUGUUGGCGUCUUCGUCCUGAUUCCGGCAGACCUCGCCAGCGACCGUGGCCUGAAUCCUUCGAAUGCAGGUAUAUUUGCUCCAAGCUUUCUCCGCAGCCGACAUCGCCUUCAGAUCGGUAGUGGGCAUCGCCAUUGAUUCGCGUACCUUAUCGUAUGAAUCCCUCAUGCUACUCGGAUUCGCGGUGCAGGGACUCACGUACGAGUGGCUCGUCUGGGCGAAUACACUACCGCAAAUGAUUGCAGCUUCUGCCUUCGUGGGUGCCACGUUUGGAUCAAGAUCGUCUCUGCUGGCACCCGCCUUGG